AUGCAGGCACCAUCUCGCCGCAAGAGUGUGUACAUGGCAAUGAUGCCUCGGAACGAGAACCGCGAGAUUCACUGGCAAAUGGCCCAAACAGAGAUCUUUCAAUGCCAAGCGGACCAUGCUUGCUUCCCCAUCGGGGAGGUAGAGCUACCAACACGACUCGUCGACCUCAGUAAUCACGCUAACAACUUGAUCACGAUCAAAAACACAGCAGAAGUUGGCAAGAAUCCCAAAUACGCCGCCUUGUCAUACUGUUGGGGCAAAUCGAAUACGUUCACAAUCACUUCGGCGACAUUGGCCGACCGACAGCAAGGAUUCUCUCCUUCGGCACUGCCUCUCAGUCUGCAAGAUGCCCUUCGAGUAGCGCAAGGACUCCAUAUGCAAAUGGCCAGUAUCUACAAGAACUCUUUCAUCACAAUAGUCGCAGCCAAUGCCCCAGACUCCGGCGAUGGCUUCUUUUCUAUAGCCGCGCAUCAAUGCCAGAUUCCUGUCAAGCCUCCACACGAGGAUACCCAGAACACAUCAGUCAUUCUAGACACCAGCGUUCAGUUCAAAGACGAGCCUAUCAGUCGCCGGGCAUGGGCUCUCCAAGAAUGGGAACUGGCUCCUCGGCGGCUGGUUUUUACUUCCUCCAGGAUCCAUUACAUCUGUCCUCAUUCUUUGCUUGACAAGAUCAAGAUGAAACCUUUCUUUCCCAUGUACACCCCUUGGCUCCAAAGAGAAGGAGUUUUUGCAUCGUUUUGGGAUGGCCUUGUGCAGAACUAUUCAUCCCGGAAUCUUACCAAUCCAGCAGACAGACUCCCUGCAAUAGAAGGAAUGGCCCGGGAAUUCGACACAUUACUGAAUGGUAGGCUAGGUCGCUACUUGGCGGGCCUAUGGCACAAGCAGCUGGAGAGAAGUUUGCUUUGGCGGCAGGGAGGGGCACUAGAUAUUUUCUUGCCCAAAUCUCAGAAAUCCCGACCAGAGAAAUGGGUGGCUCCGUCAUGGUCAUGGGCAUCCGUGCAAGGAUCCGUUGACUUUGCGUUUGCACAAACCGGAGAGAGCCUCGUGGAUAUCAUUGGUGCAGAAACCACGUUAAACUCCCCCGGGAAUCCUUACGGGAGGGUUACCUCGGGGUCUCUAACCAUCUCGGGUCCGUGCUUGGCUACCAGAGCUGCAGGCAGUCAUGGUAAAGAUUCUGAUGGUCCUAGAUGGCUUAAUUAUAAGGACGAAUGGGUCGGGUACAUAUUUCUUGACGCCGACCAAUACAGCCAGGAACAUCAUGAGGUAUUGCGGAGUCAAGACACUUUGUAUUUUCUCGGUCUCAGAAGUGAACGGCACCCAGAACAAGUGGGCGAGAAUGUUAGGGGACUGAUAUUGAUGGAAAGAUCUCCGUCUUUGUUCUACCGCGUUGGUGCUUUUCUUGACCGGGGAAAGUCAUCGUGGUUUGAGGGAGCAGAAAAGCGAACAUUGACCAUCUUUGACAAUCUGCGGUGUGUAAGGCGCGUCAGGUGUAUCGACACCUUGAAAAAUGAGUCCGCGGUUUUCAGUGUGUGGUGUUGGAUCGCCGCUAAGGUGCGAACACCGGGCCGGGACGAUCGUCCCAAUCCUCCUAAAUCAUCGACAUAUUUCUCCGACAUUGAGUCCAAAGAUUACGACCAGCCGGCUUGCUUUUGUCUUGCUUUGUGUACACAUUAA